CCACUUUCAAAGCACUCACCACUGCUACUACUAAAACGCCAUUGCGCCUUUGAGCUCACCACUCACUAGUGCUCUCUCGUCUCGUCUACCAACCCGUCGAAAGAAAGAAUGAGGCCUCAGAACGUUGUCACCGCCGCCGGCACCGGCGCCCUCAUCCUGGCCGCCUCGGCUUCUGCCUCCGAGGUCACUUUCAAGCCUACCACCCUCAAGGCUCCGUUCAUUGAGCAGUUCGUUGAGGACCUCGGCCCCGACUCGCGCUGGACCGUCUCGCAGGCGACCAAGCAGACCCCCGUCGGUGACGAGACCUUCUCGUACGUCGGCACCUGGGCCGUCGAGGAGCCCGAGGUCUUCCCCGGCAUCAAGGGCGACAAGGGUCUUGUUCUGAAGUCCAAGGCUGCCCACCACGCCAUCUCGACCGUCUUCGAGAAGCCUAUUGAGACCAAGGGCAAGCCCCUCGUUGUCCAGUACGAGGUCAAGCUCCAGAAGGGCCUCGAGUGCGGUGGUGCCUACCUCAAGCUCCUGUCGGAGCAGGGUGAGAAGGAGGGUCUCCGCGCUGGCGAGGAGUACACGGACAAGACCCCCUUCACGGUCAUGUUCGGCCCUGACCGCUGUGGCUCGACCAACAAGGUCCACUUCAUCUUCCGCCACAAGAACCCCGUCACUGGUGUCUUUGAGGAGAAGCACUACAACUCUCCUCCUCUUCCUAAGAUCACCAAGACGACGGCGCUCUACACCCUCAUCAUCAACCCCGACAACACCUUCUCGAUCAAGAUCAACGACGAGGAGGUCUCGACUGGCAACCUCCUUGAGGACUUCACCCCCGCCGUCAACCCCGACGCCGAGAUUGACGACCCCGAGGACUUCAAGCCCGCCGACUGGGUUGACAUUGCCGAGAUUGACGACGUGGAGGCUGUCAAGCCCGACGACUGGGACGAGGACGCCCCGCUCACCAUUGUCGACGUCGAGGCUGUCAAGCCCGAGGACUGGCUCGACGACGAGCCCAUUGAGAUUGCCGACCCCGAGGCCGAGAAGCCCGAGGAGUGGGAUGACGAGGAGGACGGAGACUGGGUCGCCCCCACUGUCCCCAACCCCAAGUGCCAGGAGGCGUCUGGCUGUGGUGACUGGCAGCCUCCCAAGAUCCGCAACCCCGACUUCAAGGGCAAGUGGGUCCGUCCCAAGAUCGCCAACCCCGAGUACAAGGGUGUUUGGGCCCCGGCCAAGAUUCCCAACCCCGACUUCUUCGAGGACAAGAACCCUGCCGCCCUCACCCCCAUUGGCGGUCUUGGCUUUGAGCUCUGGACCAUGACCGAGGACAUUCUCUUUGACAACAUCUACAUUGGCCACGACGUUGCUCAGGCCGAGGAGUUUGCCAAGGAGACCUUCUACGUCAAGCGCCCCAUUGAGCAGGAGGCUGAGGGCUCGGCUCCCGAGGAGGACGACUCGAUCCCUACCACCGUUGUCGACAAGAUCCGCCUGCGCCUCCUCGAGUUUGUCGCCCUUGCCCAGAUUGACCCUCUUGACGCUGCCAAGCAGCUUCCCGAGGUCGCCGCUGGUAUCGUCGCCGCCUUCUUCACCUUCCUCGCUCUCCUCGGUGGUCUCUUUGGCCUGUUCAAGUCUGGUGGCUCUGCUGCCAAGAAGCCCACUGUUGUCAAGAAGUCUACUGUCAAGGCCGCGCCCGCUCCCGAGGCCAAGAUUGAGGAGAUCAAGGAGGACGACUCUGCUGCCAAGAAGCGCACCACGCGCAGCAGCAAGGAGUAGGGUGUGUCUUGACUCGUUGAUACCCUCCCUCCCUCCUCCCUCCCUCCCCUCACUGAUGGGCUGUGGUCGUGGUGGACCAAGUAGCCCAUCUGUAGCCGCUCUAGUCAUUGCGGGGGCGCUGCGGCGUCUCUGCGCGCUCUGAAGAUCAUGCAUAUUCACUUCAUUUG